GAGCAGUGUUUUUGUGGCGGGAGUUUUCCCCAUAUUGUUGUCAAGGUUGGUUGUUUACAGCGAAGUAAGUGUUGAUCCGUGCAAUAGUUUGGUGUAAAAUUGGCAAUGGCAAUGAACGGCGAUGGAGUGCAUGGACUGAACGGAGAGACGGUGGCCCCAUCUGAAGCGAAACACACCAAUGAUCCUCCUAGCAAGUCAAAAAUAGCUUGUGAAAACGGCGAGGCAGACAUCCACGCUGCCAAGCAAAAUGGAACUAAGAGAAGAACCCCAACUGAACUGUUCUCUUUCACUGCCGAACCUACCAUCGAAGACAUACGACGGAUGCAAGCGGAAUUUACUGACGAGCGAGACUGGAACCAGUUCCACCAACCCCGCAACCUCCUGUUAGCUAUGGUCGGAGAAGUGGGCGAGGUAUCUGAGCUGUUCCAGUGGCGUGGCGAGGUGACCGAAGGACUUCCCGGUUGGACCGACUCCGAGCGCGAGCACCUGGCUCAUGAACUCAGCGACGUCCUCAUCUACCUAGUUGAGCUGGCCGAGAAAUGUCAUAUCGAUUUACCCCAAGCAGUGCUCUGCAAAAUGGCCCUAAAUAGGCUGAAGUACCCUGCCAGCAAGGUGCAUGGCUCGUCUAAGAAGUACACUGAAUACAGGGACUGAGCGAUUGCAUGCGGUCAUGCCCAAUUGGCGUAAUGAAUACACCCCUGCACUUACAAAGUAGACAAUAACUGAAAAAUACUGUUCAACUUCAGUUAAUGGCAAUGGAGUAUGUUUCUACCUUUUUAUUUAGGGCACUACUUUAUCUCAAUAGUUGGUCAAACUGCCCUUAGCUGCUUUUAGUUUUAUCAAGUGCGUUUUAAAUCCAGUGUUUUUCUUUAACUAAAUGGGUGUUCAUCUUUUGACUUCCCUCUGAUGCUUUUGUCGUUUUAACUGUUCCCCAAAGUCAAAUGUACAGGCCCUUGUAAGAGAUCCGUUUUAUUUUUCAUAGUAUGAGUAACUACAUUUAAAUCUCUUAAAUCCAUAUUGUUGUCAAUGAUCGAUGGAAGCUAUAUGUUCUUUUGUUGCUUUAAAUUCAAUACAUGUGUGCAACUGAUAAUCGUCCUCUCAAAAGUAAAAGUGCCUUCAACUAUA